AUGACAUCGAAUCAGCCACAACAUUCACAGAAUCCCUCUGCCCAAGAAAAGGACGCAGGUCCGACAUCUUCACCGCCGCUCGCCCUACCAGCACCGCAAGAUGCACCGACUUCAGCGACCGAACCACCGCAGUCUACAUUCAAGCUUGACGCUCUAGGUCCUCUGGUCAUCAAUUCAGACGGCACGCUCUCCAGGAUCCACAAUUGGGCCGAGAUGACCGAGCUGGAGCGCGAACGCACCCUCCGCAUUCUGGGGAAGCGGAAUCAACUCCGACGAGACAACAAGCUCGAUUCAGAGGCGGAGCAUGGCAACACCGAGCCCGGGAAGUAA